AUGAUUCCGAGUCAAAAAACUGAAGAAACCAAUCAGGCUUGCACACCAAGUGUUCAGCCUGAUGAAGAGCCUUCAUCAACAUCAUCUCGAUCUGGUCCUCAAACUCCAUACAUUUUCGAUGCAACUAUUUCGGAUAAAGAUGCUGCUGAACAAAUAGGCAAAAUGUUCGACGAUUCUGAACCAUUUGUGAUUCAUGAUUUAGACAAAAAAGAAGACCAUCCUGUUUUGAGAGCCCAUUUGGAAGCGCCUCCAAAACUUGAACGUUUCGACGAAAAAACAGAGGUAUUUGAUGAAAAAUUAGAUAAAUACGUCGAGUCAAAAGAAACAGAUCAAAAUUCUCCAAACUCACUUCAACCUGACCUACCAACCGAAUCUCUCGACGAAAGAAUUGACCGAUACCUCGAAUCAAAAUCAAAAAAUGAAAAAACCUCAUUCAAUGAAAAAUUAGAUCAAUGCCUUGAAGCUGCCGAAAAAUCAAAAAACCUUCCACCUUCUGAUGAAACUACUCCACCUAAAAUUGACCAAUCUACUCAAACUAUAAUUUCGGUUGAUAAAAAUUCAGAAACAGAAAGCUUAGAAUAUACUUCAGCUAACGAAAACACUGAGCAUUCUGAUGCUUCAACUUUGAUAGACGAUUCUGAAGAAAAUAUGGAAGUAGAAGAUCAAAAAGAUGACCAAAUUAUCGACGAAGAAACCAUUGAGAAAACCAUAUCCCAGAUUCAAGAAAAACCUCAAGAACAGGAAACGCAAGCUACAUCUGCGGCUCUAAAUUUGAUGACAACAGAGGUUCUUUCCGAAUCUGAAGAUGAAGUAGUUCCGUUUUCGGGAAACGACAUACACUAG